AUGUUUACUCUAGAUGACUUUUGUGUGAUAGACGGCAACCCUUGCCAGCCUGGGUGCAUCUACUGCUCCAAGGAGUGCCGAGAGCAGGACUCCUCCACCCAGCACACCUGCGAUCUAUGCGACAUGUGGGACCUCCAAUCAGGGGGCCAUGACAAAUUCAGAAAGAGCUCUUUGUUCUCUACGCCGGAACUGAGCGACUCCUGCCCCAAUUCCCCUUUACAAUCUUUCGAAGACGAGAUUUUCACCCCCGUUGAUGAUAAGGGAGGUUUCUUAUACGAGUUGACGCAGUUCUCUCGGAACACCAAGGAUUACACUUUACAAGAGCCAUUGCUACUUGAUCUGAACAGCUCCAACAGCCCCAACGAUACCGCCAAACAAAACCAGCAGCAACAUACACAACAGCAGACGAAUGUGCCACAAUCUCUUACCCCAGACCUUUCUACGGCUCACCAGAACUAUCUGAUAUGGCUACAGAGGGCUCAAUAA